CUACCGUACUACGGCGUCGCGAAGCACCACCUGCGAGUUUCUCGAAAUUUUCGACCCUGUACGGCCAUCGGACGUCCCUCCAAUCGUGAUUGGCCAGCGCGCGAUCACGGCUGACCGAUGGAGAGUUACGAGGACGACGACGACACGCACUUUUGCAUCAAGUGUCAUCUGACGGUACACGGUCUCGAGAAUUACGUUCGGCACCGUCAGUCCGGGUGUCGUCCACCGGACGACAAGAACGAAGCGGCUCGCGUGUCGCCGACCACGCCGACCACCGUCUCCUACCCCGAAAUACUGAACGCGGACGCGUUCUUCAGCUCGUUGGAAUUGCGAAGCAGCACCAAGUCGAAUCCCCGACGAACGUCCGCGUUGCUGGACGAGAGCAGGAAAUUCAAGAAAGAUGAGAAGCGGAAAAAGGGCCAGAAAAUGCACGCGGACGCCGCGGAGGAAUCAGCGGCGAAGGAGAAGCUUCACAGUAUGCUGCCCGGUGUCUCGGAGCUCGACGAUCCGACAGAACACCUCUGUAUCUCGUCGCUGGUCGGUUUUCCCGAUAUCGUCACUUCCGCGUCCGGUAAGUCCACGGUUACGAGCAGUCGGAACAAAUUAAGCCAGUCGAUGAGCCAUGUCGGCGCGAGCAUCGAGGGCGGCGCGUUCCCGACCAAGCACGAGCCGGAAAACUCUUUGGAGAGCUUGAUGACGUCUCACGAGUCUAAGCAGACGGACAGGAAGCGACAAGAGGAGACGCAGAGGAUCGAGCAAGUUCAUCAAACUUGGCUGGAGGACACGAUACUCGCCGAGUUGGUGUCGAACAACGAGAACAAGGAGUUGCCGAGGUACGAGUUCGAAUACCAGCAGGACGACGAAUCGGACGACGAUACUUUGGAGGAAGAUUUAGGGGAGGAAGAUUCUUAUUCAGAGUCCGAGGACGGGGAGGAUCGUGAACGCCCGCCGCGUGGCCAUACCGGCGGCAAAUGGAAACCCGGAUUGAACGAUCUGCCCCAAAAUAUGUCUCAACUUCACGACGACGAUGUAGAGCCGGACGAGGAACAUCAAGAACAUCCACCGCCGACUUAUACCGGCGGAAAAUGGCGGCCAACCGAGAGCUCUCAGAAGAUCGAGGACUACGAAGCCAAGAGCAACGCCGGACAACCGCCGCCAGGACACACGCGGGGGAAAUGGGUACCGGGAGCGCAAACGGAUAUCGAAUCGGGAUAUUGGUGCAGUCCUUGCGGUAGGAAACUUGCCUCCCGAUUGGUCUACAACAGGCAUCUUUUGUCCGAUUUGCACGCCAGAAGAAGCAUCCGCGAGUUGGACGGUGUUUUUCCGCAGUCUCGCAUCGCUAGUUUGCAUCCGCCGCGGAAAACGUCGACGCGCACACAGAAAAUCAAGGAAACAUCGGAGGCGAAAGAGGUGAAGAAGAAUUCGAGGAGAAGGGAAAAGGAAAUUCUGAGCUGCGAGAUGUGCCACGCUCGAGUGAGGAGGGCGCAAAUGGGCAAGCAUUUGCUCUCUCAUUAUCACUGCCGCGUCGCGGGCGUAAAUCCUCGCGGGCCACGAGCCCGUCGCUUUUUACUGGAAAAUAUGGCGAAUGUGGUUCGGCAGUGUCCCUUUCAGUGUUCCUCUUGCCGGUUUUAUUGCAAUACGGAGGAAACGUUUCUGCUUCAUUGGCGAUCCGAUCUUCACGCAAACACUCUCGAGCAGAUCGGCGGCAGCUACACGUGCACCCCGUGCGAUUUUUGGUGCGACGAGAACGAGGCGAUGGAUGCCCACUUGUCGAGCACGAGCCAUCGCGACGUCGUGUCGAUGAUGAACGGGUCCGUGCCGGUGGUGAUCGGUCGUCAACGAGCGUUAACUUGUCCCGGCUGCGAUGGCCGGUUCCGAUAUAAUUUGCAGCUGAGAUUACACGCGAAGGAAACCGGUCACGAGGAAAGUUUCACCGCGUCCGAUGCGUAUCAGCGGCGAAUCAAAUGCGACCUGUGCCCGCAAAUCGUGCGGUCCCUGGUGGCUCUUCAGCGUCACCAGUUGAGUCGGCACGACGCGAAAGCGGAACGCGAGGCGGACGACUCGACCCGGCUGCCCACCCCCUAUUUCUGCUCGUUCUGUUCGAUGAAUUUCGCGACCGCUCAGGAGGCGGUGUUGCAUCGGAGAACCUCCAGUCACAAGGAGACGGUGAAGGCCCGCAAGUACAGCGAAGAUUCGACGGCGAGCACGACUCGGCAGUGCACCCGUUGCGGGGGGAAGCAGGCCAAUUUGUCGGAGCACAAGCAGCAUCUUCUGCGCGAACAUCCCGAGGUGUGUCACAGGUGUCCCAAAUGCGGCAUGCUUUUUGCCCUUUCGCAAGACGUGACGAGACACACGAGGGAGAACAACUGUCGGGGCGAUAACAAAUUAAACGCGGCGAGGACGGCAGCCGUCACGGACGAAUGGAAAUGCGGCAGCUGUAGUUUCUCAACGGAUUCGCGAGCGGAAUUCAUCUUUCACGAAGCUCUUCACGCCGGGAUCGUUCGAAAGGAUAACGACGAGGAGCCGGAGCACGGGAAAUCGUUACCGAAAUAUUCCUGCCCCGUUUGCAAGAAGACGUUCGCCAAAGUAUCCUUGCGGAACCACAUCAGAAGCCACACGGGGGAACGUCCGUUUCCGUGCGCCAAGUGUUCGGCCUCUUUCACCAGAAGAUCAGACCUGAACGCUCAUCUGAAAGCGUGCACGGGCUCGACGCCGUCGGCAUGGCCGAACGAAUCGGCCCGGAAACGCAGCUUCGUCUGUUCCGAGUGCAACGACGCUUUCUACACGAA